AUGGAGGGCGAUGCAGUUAUUGGCGCACCUAAGCAUCCAGACUGGUUGCAGAUGGUGUGCAUUAAGGAAGGGGAAGUUCCCCACAUGAUCGCCUACAUUUCGACUAGGCUCUCCCACUAUCGUCCUGCCAUGCGUCGCAACAUUCUCGUCCUCUCCCUCUUUAGUGGGGGCGAGGUUCUUAAUCUUAUGAACAUCUAUUCAGAUGAUCAGCACACCACUAUUGAGCACCUCGCUGCUCGUGUGCACUCCCUUCCGCCCUUCAUUUACAUGGCAGGCGACUUCAACUGCAUUUCAACAACUUGGGAUGAUUACGAUCAUGGCGAGUCGUCGACGGCUAUUUCCCUGCAGAACACCACAUCUCAGAUCAGCCUCAAGUGGGCACAACCUUCUAAUCAUGGACCAACAAGGAUCAGUCCUAAUCCAUACCAGAGAUCCAAUAUUGGAGCACGAUCUCCAGGGUCCAUCAGAUCAUGUCCUGAUCUAAGCGAGGCUGAGAAGUCUUUCAUUUCGGACAUUCUCUGGGAUCUUGUGGCUAUUCCUGUCGCAGCCCUGGCUACCAAGGAAGGCGUCAAAGCUUUGGCAGAUGCUAUUGCAACAGCAUUCUCAGACACAUGGCUUGUCCACUCGACUGAGUCCAAACCUACCAAGCACUCCAAGUCCUGGUGGACAGAUGAGUGCUCGGAGACAUUUGGAGCAUGCAAGAACACCAAGCAUGAUUUCUUUGAUGAACGCAUUGCGGAGAUCGCUACUUCUCGCAAGCGCCCAUGGGACCUGAUGGCAUAG